AUGGAAGGAAACCUUGAGGAUACCUUCCUUGGAGUGCUUGACUGGCCCAGCUUUCGUCUCGUCUGCGGCCAGAUCAGAUCACCGACGGGUUUCGUCCCGUCUUCCGUCGCCGUUGUCAACGUCUGGGACCCGGGCGGAGGAGGGGGCCGUAGCCAUCUACACGAGGCCUCUCGAGACUGGUUUCUCGCUGGUGUCCGUGUCAGAGACUCAAAGAACCCCAAAACAUUGGACGACGUCUGUCGGGGUUUUUUGUCUGCCCAUCCCCACCCCCGUAGAAUGACAAGACAUGACAAGGUUGACGGCGAAGCUCCAGCUGGAUAUCAAUGUCUCAACCCCGGGCGGAUACUUGCUGUACCUUGA